CCUUCGCUCUUCAGCUCUUGCUUCUUAAUUCAUUGAUCAGCCGGCCAGAGGUAGCUUGCUAGCUAGCUAGAGAUCAUGAGCAUGAUCCAAGUGAACGGGCAGUCUGUGGUGCCGCCGGGCUUUCGCUUCCACCCCACCGAGGAGGAGCUCCUCUCCUACUACCUCCGCAAGAAGGUCUCCUCCCAGGAGAUCGACCUCGACGUCAUCCGCGACGUCGACCUCAACAAGCUCGAGCCAUGGGACAUACAAGAGAAGUGUAGGAUCGGGUCGUCCACGCCGCAGAGCGACUGGUACUUCUUCAGCCACAAGGACAAGAAGUACCCCACCGGCACGCGGACCAACCGGGCAACCGCCGCCGGCUUCUGGAAAGCCACCGGGCGCGACAAGCUCAUCUACUCCGGUGCCCGGCGCCGGAUCGGCAUGCGCAAGACGCUGGUGUUCUACACAGGCCGCGCCCCCCACGGCCAGAAGUCCGACUGGAUCAUGCACGAGUACAGGCUCGAGGACCACCCCCAAGACCUCAUCCACAUCGGUGGAGCGGAAUUGGGAGAAACGACGUCGAUCAGUGCCUGUAUUAAUGAUAAUAACCAAGAAGAAGGGUGGGUGGUGUGCCGGGUGUUCAAGAAGAAGAACCUCCACCACCACCACCACAGAGUACCCAGCGUCGAUGCCGGCGCCAACAACUCUUCCUGUGUUGGCAGCCCCGGCGGCGACGGCGGUGGCGCAUUGGAUCAGAUUCUCGAGUUCAUGGGUAGAUCGUGCAUGAAGAGGGAACGCGGUGGGAGCUGCAAAAGUAAAGGCGCCGUCGACGAUCGGCGGCCGAGUGAAAUCGCCGGUGGCGGGCUGCUGGAGAUGUUCAUGAAGCUACCGGCGCUGGAGACCCCGAUCAUUGACAGUAACCCGUACCGCGUCGCAGUAGAUGGAUCGUGCAGCAUGAGGACGGCGGAAGCGGAGCCGGCCGCCGGCGACUGGGCUUCGUUCGACCGGCUUCUUGCCUCGCAACUCGACGGCGGCGAGGAAGCUUGCUUCUCCUUUGACAUCCACUCGCCGGUUGGCAGAAUAAGUGUGGAGGAGAAUGAGGAAGGUGCGUACCGUCCACGAGAGGAUGGCGAUCUAUGGAGCAUGACGAGGACAGCGUCGACGAUGUCGAUGUCGGACAACAUAAGCCGUGAUUCCCUGUAGAAGAUACGGCCGGUCGGAAACUUAUAUAACUUUGAAAAUUUAACACAGAGCGUGGCAAAUUAAUUAAAAUAUAAUUACAUGAGGAUAUAUAGAUGAGUGUGUAUUGAGUGAAAAU